AUGUAUCCAGAACAGAACACAGCAUCUCCAAAAUUGAAACUGGCUGUAUCUUUGAAUGGAACUGCUAAAGAAGGUGCAAUUGGACCACCUCUCGGUCUUAUUGACAUAGGAGAAAGUGAUGGUGGCUACCUUUUCCGCGUUGCCCUUCCCGGUGUUAAGAGUAGUAACAGUAAUCUGAAGUGCAAUAUACAUUCGGAUGGAAGUGUACGCAUAGAGGGAGUGGUAGCAGAUGCUCAAAUUUUGAAAAAUGAAUCUGAGGAAUUUGAAUUGAAACUACAUCAGCUCUGCCCAGCAGGCCCUUUCACCAUAUCUUUCAAUUUGCCUGGACCAGUGGAUCCCAGAUUAUUUUCGCCAAGUUUUCGACCAGAUGGUAUACUGGAGGUUGUGGUGCUAAAACCAAGAGCUCCUCGUGUUUCUACCGAAGGUGCUUGA